AUGGGAAGGGAAGCUCAAUCAUCUGAUAGAGCAUGUUCAUGGGAGAGUAAGGAAAACAACGGAUCCUGUGUUAAAGCCAACCAAUCUGUGGCAAUGCGAACCAUCUUGUACGUUUUCUUUGUGACAGGAAUGGUGGUCACAAUUCUUGGGAACUUGGUAGUGAUAACCUCCAUUGCGCACUUAAAGCAGCUCCAUACGCCCACAAACAUACUCGUGAUGUCUCUGGCGCUGGCGGACUUUCUGCUUGGGGCUGUUGUAAUGCCUUUCAGCAUUAUCAGGUCGGUGGAGGGCUGCUGGUACUUUGACAAUGUGUUCUGUUUGCUGCACUCUAGCUUUGACAUGUUCCUCACCUGUGUAUCAAUUUUUCACCUGAUUUUCAUUGCCAUAGAUCGCUAUCAGGCGGUGUGUAAUCCUCUGCAUUACACCAGAGCAAUAACCGUCCCUAUUGCAUGGCUCAUGAGUGCCCUGAGUUGGGGUUUUGCAGGUGUAUACGCUUAUGGACUUCUUUAUUCAAAGGCCAACGUGAAGGGGCUGGAAGAACACCUUGCUUCCAUUUAUUGCUUGGGUAGUUGCGUUCUUUUGUUCAACGCUCUGUGGGGGGUCUUGGAUACCAUGAUUUCAUUUUUUAUACCUUGUUCGGUUAUGGUCGGUUUAUAUGCGAAGAUAUUUUUUGUUGCCCGGGAGCAUGUGAGAAAGAUCGGAGACAUGAGUCAUAAAAAACAUCUGAAUGAGGAAAGUAGAAGCGGGCUCUCAAAGAGCUCUGAGCGGAAAGCGGCGAAAACACUGGGGAUUGUAUUGGGCGUCUUCAUUCUCUGCUGGAUGCCUUUCUUUAUCAACAUGAUAAUCGAUCCCUACACUAACUUCAGCACUCCUGUCAUUGUCUUCGACGCGCUUGUCUGGUUAGGUUACUUUAAUUCUACUGUAAAUCCUAUCAUCUAUGCACUAUUUUAUCCUUGGUUCCAAAAAACAUUCAACCUUAUUGUUACUUUAGAAAUAUUCACUCCACAUUCCUCAGAUAUAGAUUUAUUUUCUGACAGAUGA